AUGUCCAACUUUGUCGCUCCAGAAAUCAAAAAAUUUGCACCUUGGGACUAUGUUGUUUUUGCAGCACUGUUUUUGGUAUCUGCUAGCAUUGGAGUCUUUUUUGCAAUUAAAGAGAGGAAAAAGAAAAGUUCAAAGGAAUUUUUGGUGGGCGGCAGGCAGAUGACAUGCGGACCGAUAGCCUUCUCUCUCACAUCCAGCUUCAUGUCAGCAGUAACAGUUCUGGGGACACCAUCUGAAGUUUAUCGUUAUGGGGCAUCCUUCAUCCUUUUCUUUCUUUCAUAUACACUUGUCAUCAUCUUUACUUCUGAACUUUUUGUACCAGUAUUUUACAGAUCUGGCAUUACAAGUACUUAUGAGUAUUUGGAGUUAAGAUUUAACAAAGUGGUCCGUUUUGCUGCAACGCUGAUCUACAUCCUGCAGACGAUCCUUUACACUGGAAUAGUGGUUUAUGCUCCAUCACUGGCUCUCAACCAAGUCACGGGAUUUGAUCUCUGGGGCUCUGUAGUUGCAACAGGAGUUGUCUGCACUUUCUAUUGCACUUUGGGAGGAUUAAAAGCCGUUGUCUGGACAGAUGCCUUUCAAAUGAUCGUCAUGGUGGCAGGCUUUGCAACGGUUUUAAUCCGAGGGACUAUUCUGAAUGGUGGCCCAACCAACAUCUGGCAACGUGCCUCUGAAGGAUCACGACUAAACAUAUUUGACUUCGACGUGGAUCCCCUAAGGCGUCACACCUUUUGGACCAUUGUCUUUGGGGGAGCUUUCACCUGGCUGGGAAUCUAUGGCGUUAACCAGUCCACGAUACAGAGAUGCAUUUCCUGCAAAUCAGAAAAACACGCGAAACUGGCACUUUACCUCAAUUUAUUGGGACUUUGGAUAGUCCUGGUAUGCGCAGUAUUUUCUGGUUUAGUGAUGUAUUCGCAUUAUAAGGAUUGCGACCCUUGGACUGCUGCUUUCAUUUCAGCACCUGAUCAGCUUAUCCCAUAUUUUGUUAUGGACAUUUUUUCUUCGAUGCCAGGAGUGCCGGGACUAUUUGUUGCCUGUGCGUUCAGUGGAACACUAAGCACAGUGGCUGCAAGCAUUAACGCUUUAGCAACUGUUACUUUUGAAGACAUAGUCAAGAAAAUUUUUCCAGACAUCUCUGAGAAGAUGAGCACAUGGGUCAGCAAAGGCUUAUGUGUGCUCUUCGGCGCGCUCUGCACGGCCAUGGCGGCGGCCGCCUCGCUGCUCGGCGGCGUCGUGCAGGCCUCCCUCACCAUCCACGGGAUGUGCGGGGGGCCCAUGCUGGGGCUCUUCACCAUGGGAAUCGUGUUUCCUUGCAUUAACUGGAAGGGUGCGAUCGGAGGCCUCUUGGCAGGGAUCACGUUAGCUUUUUGGGCUGCCAUCGGCUCUUUCGUUUACCCCGCGCCCUCGGCCAAGGCCAUCCCUCUGGCCCUGUCCACGGCAGGCUGCACGCUAGCCAACGGCACCGACGCGCUCGCCACCCCGGCGCCCACCGCGGCUCCAGCCAGGCCGCUGCUGGCGGACACCUGGUAUUCCCUGUCCUACCUGUACUUCAGCGCCGUCGGCUGCCUCGGGUGCACUGCCUCGGGGCUGCUCAUCAGCUUUGCCACAGGACCCACUAAAGGAGAAGACGUUCCGCCAAUAUUAAUUAAGCCAGUCUGCAACCUGUUCUGCUUUUGGUCUGAGAAGCUUAAGACCUUAUGCUGGUGCGGCGUGCAGCACGGCAGCGAGGACGUGGAAUUUCAAAACAAUAUGCCUAAAGUUACUGCAAGGAAAACUGAAAGAGAUGACACCUUCCAGAACAAAGUUGAGAAAGAAAACCAAAGCCAGUAUCCUGGUUACAAUCCUGAGGAAAAAUCCUAUACCAAUAUGAGCACAGAAUCUCGCCUCUAG